AUGCCGCCAUCAGUCAAUACCGAAGUGCAAAUACAAAAAUUUACAGGACAUCUUGAAAAUUUAAAUCCACAACAAACAGAAAUAUUAGAACAGUUUCGGCAAGAACUUAAAGAUGAAGGUGUGUUUGAUGAGAAGCGACAUGAUGAUGCUUAUUUACUCAGGUUUUUAAGAGCAAGAAAAUUCGAUUUGAUUAAAACCAAAAAAAUGUUUAUCGACUGUGAGAAUUGGAGAAAAGAAUUUGGUGUUGAUGAGUUGGUCAGGACAUUUGAUUAUAAGGAACGUGAAGAAGUGAUGAAACAUUAUCCAAGAUAUUAUCACAAAACUGAUAACGAUGGUCGACCUAUUUAUAUUGAAGAAAUUGGUAGAGUUGAUAUCAAAUCUUUAUAUCAAGUUACCACAAUUGAACGACAGAUUCAAAAUUUGGUGGUCGAGUAUGAGAAACUUGCUGAUAUUAGACUACCAGCUUGUUCAUUUAAACAUGGUAAACUUAUUGAGACAACAUGUACAAUUUUGGAUCUUAAAGGUGUUUCUAUUCGAUCAUUCUCUAAUGUUUUCGGAUUUGUGAAACAAGCAUCUAACAUUGGUCAAAAUUAUUAUCCUGAACGUAUGGGUAAAUUUUAUAUUAUUAAUGCUCCAAUGCUCUUCGCUUCUGUUUGGAGUUUAGUAAAACCAUUGCUUGAUGAGGUUACAGCUGCCAAGAUUAUAAUUUUAAAUAGCAAGUAUCAACAAACUUUAUUGGAAAACAUUCCAGCUGAAAAUUUACCAGUUGCUUUUGGUGGAAAAUGUAAUUGUAAAAAUGGUUGCAAAUUUACUGAUGAUGGUCCUUGGCAAGAAGAAAGUCAACAACUUCUUACUAAUGGGUCUAAGCCAUUUCAGAUAAUGAAGAUGAAAGGUAAUAAUGAUGAAAGUAAUAAUUAUGUUGAUGAUGAAAUUAAUUUGACAGAUUUAGAAAUUCAUGAUAUUAUGGAUUUGGAAAAUAAUUUUUUUUUAGAAGACAAUGAUAAAAUGGAUGAGGAUAUAGAUGAGGAAAGUGGCGGAGAUUACAGUGAUUAUAGUAAUGAAUUAGAUUAUGAUACAUUAGGAUUA